AAGUUCAUGACAAACCGGCUGCUUCAAAGGAAGCAAAUGGUUGUCGAUGUCCUCCAUCCAGGCAAAGCAACAGUCCCCAAGACAGAGAUCAGGGAGAAGCUUGCAAAAAUGUACAACACCACCCCAGAUGUGGUGUUCGUCUUCGGCUUCAAAACUCAGUUUGGUGGUGGCAAGACAACAGGGUUUGGCAUGAUCUACGACUCGUUGGACUACGCCAAGAAGAAUGAGCCCAAAUACAGGCUGCAAAGGCAUGGCCUUUAUGAGAAGAAAAAGACAUCUAGAAAACAGCGCAAGGAACGCAAGAACGGAAUGAAGAAAGUUAGAGGCACCAAGAAAGCUUCUGUUGGUGUUUCUGGCAAGAAGUAAGACCUUCAGGGAAGACCAUCGGCCUGAAAAUGUUCUUGUACAUUGUCAACAAAUAAAUUCUUUAAAAAAACUGAAAAAAA